AAAAGUGGCAACGCGUUGAUCAGUGGUAGAAUGCCGUAUUAGUUGUAAAUGAAUUGUUUUUAGUUGUCUUUGCAGUAUACGAUUGCUAUAUGUAGUAAAACGGGAGAAAUGUCGAACUGCAUAGAAAUACCUCUCCGAGAUACAGAAGAAGUGAUUGAACUGCAUCUCGAUCAGCUGCCAGAUGGAGAUGAAGUACUGGGUAUUUUACGUCAGGAACAAGUUACUCUCAAUAUAUGGGUUCAGCUGGCUCUUGAAUAUUACCGUCAGGGUAAAGUGCAAGACUUUGUUAAGAUUUUAGAUGUUUCAAGAACUGAAGCGAAUAUUGACUACCCAAACAUGGAACGAGAUCAGAUGGCAGCUUUGGAUAAACUCUCUGCUUAUUAUGUACAGCAGGCUAAUAAAGAAAAGGAGCAUGAAAAAAAGAGGGAAUUGUUCACAAAAGCCACUUUACUGUAUACUACUGCUGAUAAGAUCAUCAUGUAUGAUUUGGACCAUCUAUUGGGCAGAGCAUAUUUCUGCUUGCUGGAAGGUGAUAAGAUGGAUCAAGCUGAUGCUCAGUUCAAUUUUGUCUUAAAUCAGUCAUUAAAUAAUAUUCCUUCUUUGCUGGGUAAAGCAUGCAUAGCUUUCAAUAAAAAAGAUUAUCGAGGGGCAUUAUCUCUGUAUAAGAAAGCCUUGAGAACAAAUCCAAAUUGUCCAGCUGCUGUUCGUCUUGGAAUGGGACACUGUUUUUAUAAAAUGGGGAGACUGGAUAAAGCUAGGCUUGCAUUUGAAAGAGCUUUAAAUCUUGAUUCUCAGUGUGUAGGAGCACUUGUGGGCCUAGCAAUUCUGGAAUUGAAUAACAAAACACCAGAAACCAUUAGGAAGGGAGUUCAGAUGUUGUCUAAAGCAUACACAAUUGAUUCUUCAAAUCCCAUGGUUUUAAAUCACUUAGCUAAUCACUUCUUUUUCAAAAAGGAUUACAACAAAGUUCAACAUUUAGCUCUUCAUGCUUUUCACAAUACUGAAAAUGAAGCUAUGAGAGCAGAAAGCUGUUAUCAGUUGGCAAGGGCAUUUCAUAUUCAAAAUGAUUAUGAUCAAGCAUUUCAGUAUUAUUACCAAGCAACACAGUUUGCUUCAGCGAAUUUUGUCUUACCUCAAUAUGGACUAGGACAAAUGUAUAUACAUCGUGGUGAUAUGGAAAAUGCAGCUCAGUGUUUUGAAAAAGUCCUUAAAGCACAGCCUGGUAAUUAUGAGACAAUGAAAAUUUUGGGAUCUUUAUAUGCACAUAGUCCAAGUCAGUCAAAGAGAGAUCAAGCUAAGGCUCAUUUGAAGAAAGUUACGGAGCAAUUUGCAGAUGAUAUUGAAGCAUGGAUUGAGUUGGCUCAAAUUUUAGAACAGUCCGAUAUUCAGGGAGCUUUAUCAGCAUAUGGAACAGCAACAGAAAUACUGAAAGACAAAGUGGAAGCAGAUGUUCCUCCAGAAAUUUUGAAUAAUGUUGCUGCUCUCCAUUAUAGGCUUGGAAAUUUGCAAGAUGCCAAAAAAUUUUAUGAAGCAUCGUUAGAACGUUCUCAUAAUGAUGCUGAACAUGAUGAACAUUAUUAUGGAUCAAUUUCUGUGACUACAACAUAUAAUUUGGCAAGGCUAUAUGAAUCAUUCAGUAUGUUUGAUAAAGCAGAGCGUCUUUAUAAAAACAUUUUAAGAGAGCAUCCAAACUAUGUUGAUUGUUAUUUAAGGUUGGGUUGCAUGGCUCGAGAUAGAGGACAGAUUUAUGAAGCCUCUGACUGGUUUAAAGAAGCAUUGCAAGUUAAUCAGGAUCAUCCUGAUGCAUGGUCUUUGAUUGGAAACUUGCAUCUUGCUAAACAGGAAUGGGGACCUGGUCAGAAAAAGUUUGAACGUAUUUUAAAAACCUCACCAACUGACACAUAUUCCCUAGUGGCUCUUGGCAAUGUCUGGCUCCAAACUUUACAUCAGCCAAGUCGAGAUAAAGACAAAGAAAAACGUCAUCAAGAUAGAGCAUUAUCAAUGUAUAAACAAGUGCUGCGUAUUGACCCACGCAACAUUUGGGCUGCAAAUGGAAUUG